AUGAUAAAUAGAAUUUCUAAAGCUCUUCUUUCCAGAGGCUUUACAAUUACUUCAUGUGAUAAAAAUAUGGAAGGCUUAACAAAGCUCGAAGAAAGAGUCAGCAAGCUUGAGUUUGUCCUAAAAGACGGGGCAAACGACAUUGUCAGACAAGUGCAGGCAGAAAUUCUUCAAGAUUUGUAUAAAAUUAGAGCUGCAUUAGAUGAAGACCUCAAAGAUAUGAAAACUUCAGAGAAAAGCAAAGAAAACAAAGAGCUCCUGGAAGAAAUCCGCAAUUUGAAAGAUGAAAACGAAAGACUUAAGUAUAGAAUCCUUCAUCUCAAGCGUAAUUUAGAUUAA